CCCGCUGUGAGGGAGCGCUUCAUCGAGUAGCUGGACUGCGGCAGCGCCCGUACACCCGAUUGAGUCGGAGACGAGUAGCAGGGGGAAAAAAGGUGUCGCCGCGGCAGCCUGACUGCGAAGCAAAACUGGGCCGUUACGUGAUUACGUGAUGCCCGUCCACCGUUGAUAUGUAGAGUGGCGGUUGACGGGCCCGUGUGCGCAGCCGUGGGUCGGUGUUUUCCGCGACGCGCUUGGCUGCGUGCAUGACUGCGGCGGCGGUUGGUUCGCGCCUCGAUCGACUGGACGCCACUGUUCAGGGUCUGCAAGCAGCAGCCGGCAGUGAAGCUGAGUGGUCUAGGCACACGCUGUCUUGACACCCCAUCUCGCUCGCUUGGUGGUCCGCUACUGCGCGGGCCGACCGGCAGACCAUGUUCCAUUGCCCCUAUGAAGCAGCACUGGUAGGGUCUGCAGGCUUCGCAGUGGCGCCAGCAGAUGCCAUGGCUGCAAUGCCAUGGCCACGAUGAGCGGCUCCGGCGGUGGCGUGCGUGCCCUGGGAGAUCAACGUGCUGGCGGGCGACGGGUCAUCGUGCCGGGCCGCCAGGCAUGCGGUCAUGCAGCUACCGCGCUGGCUGCUGGCUUGCGCCCUGGUCAGCCUGGCGGCAGGCGUCACGGGCAUCGUGCUGAGGCGCUGGUUCCGCAGCUACGCUAUUGGCGACAUCCUCUGCAUCUGCGGCAUGACACUCUUCACCACCAUCCUGGCGAGCAUCGCGCUCAAGUUGCUAGGCCGCGCGCUCAAGCGUCGCGUGGCCUGCUCGCGCUUCUCCGAGAUCCUGGGAGUGGUGACCCUGCGCUCGGGCACGCAGCUGGUGGAGCCGCAGGACGUGCGCCUGCUGCCGGCGGGCACGCUCGUCUGCGUCGUGCCACCCACGCAGCCCGUGUUCUAUCCGGACAACGCCGGCGACAUGCUCACCAUCUUCGAGGACUACGCACAGUUCCCCCAGCAGCCACCCAGGAUGUUCGACACGCACCGCCUGUCGCCGGUGUCCACGGCCAACCACGCCCUUGAGCGUCGCGCCGACACGCCUCCUGUCGUCAUCACCACCUCUUCGUCCGAGGGAUCCACGCAAGCCGAACCGCCUACCACUUCGGAAGAGGAUGACGACGUGACUUCAUCGUCAGACCGACCACCGUCCUAUGCCCACCUGUGCGGUGAGCCACCGCCACCUUAUAAGACCGACAGCAUGUCCACCCUGAACGACGAGAUCGGCUAGCUGCGAGAUGCCCUUUAUUGGU